ACGCGUUGCUGCGGCGAGGGUUCCGCUCACUGUGGGAUGGCUUCAUGUUCAACGUCAUCAUCAAGAAGCGCGGCCGCAUCCCCGCCAGCGACAGCUUCGUCGCGCGCCGCGUCGCUGGUCCUGGCCUAGCCUCCAACUACUACUAUCAGGUGAAGCCGGAACAGGUGCUAGCUGCGUUUGAGGCUCGCAUGGAGCUGGAUGAACUACACGCGUACAAGGAGGAGGUAGAGAGAGUCAUCGCCCGCCCACAGAAGGACUACAGUAACUUCGUGAACACGUUGUUCCGACCGUUCUCGGCGGGUCUCGUCAAGGAGGGCGUCUACAAGGACCUGGAGAAGCAGGCUAAGGAACUAGUAGCUGCGGUCAAGGAGAAGAUCGAGAAGUCUGGCGAGUCUCAUUCUCUGUGAGAUCUUCUCAACAUCGUUCCUCACACCGCUAGAGGACACAGACACUACGUUCAGAUUGGAGGUGCAGCAUCUGAAUCUAGCUCGGUACAUCACAAUGUUACGCACGGCCGAUAUUACGGAUGACCUGGACACAGUGGAGACAGUUAACACUGCUAAAGGAAAGAUCCAGAUUGACAUGCCAUUCCUAGAUGUCACGGUGUUCGACCCGGGCUACAGGUCCGGCGACAACAAGAGCAAGCAAGUCAAAUUAAGCGAGACGACCGCGACGCCGGACCGCCUCACGCCCGACGCAUCCUCGGUGUCGGACAGCGAAGGGGGCGCCACCGGUGAGGAGGAGGAACCCGUGCGCAGCGUCGUCGUCAACAUGGCGCACAUCGCCAGCGCCGAGGACAUCGUAGUCUCAGAGGACGGCACGUACGGAACAACCGUGUGA